GCGGCCCUUCCUGCCUGCCUGCCUUCCUUCUCCCGCGGCCGGGCCCCGCAGCAGGAUGAGACGUCAGUGAGCAGCGAGGACUUUGACAUGAACGACGCCACAUGGAUGUCAGCUGACCAGCAUCUGAACGCCAGCUUGAGCCCCAGCCAGGAGGAGGAAGGCAUGCGGAGCCCCCAGAACCUCCACAGCCAGGAGGACGACGACUCCUCUUCGGAGAGCUGCAGCGGCAACGGCUCCUCCACCUUGAAUCCCUCCACCUCGAGCAGCACGCAGGGAGAUGCCACCUAUCCUGAGAUGAACGGGAAUGGAGCCGCAGCCCCCAUGGACUUCAGCGCCUCUUCUGAGGACCAGCCCAUCAACCUGUGCGACAAGCUGACCCCCGUCCACGUCACCCCCUCCUACCAGUCAGACAGCUGCAGUGCCGAUGGCCUGCGGAGCCGCACGAAGUACGGAGCCAAAAGCACAGCCGAGUCCCCUCCGUACAGCUCUGGCAGUUACGACUCCGUCAAGACCGAGGUCAGCGGCUGUCCCGAAGACCUGACCGUCGGCAGAGCCCCCGCCGCAGACGAUGACGACGACGACCACGAGGACCACGAGGACAACGAUAAGAUGAACGACUCAGAAGGGAUGGACCCGGAACGGCUGAAAGCCUUCAAUAUGUUCGUCCGCCUCUUUGUGGAUGAGAACUUGGACCGGAUGGUUCCCAUCUCCAAGCAGCCCAAAGAGAAAAUCCAGGCCAUCAUCGAAUCGUGCAGCAGGCAGUUCCCCGAGUUCCAGGAACGAGCUCGCAAACGCAUCCGCACUUACCUCAAAUCCUGUCGCCGAAUGAAGAAGAACGGCAUGGAAAUGACCAGACCCACCCCACCCCAUCUGACCUCAGCCAUGGCCGAGAACAUCCUGGCAGCCGCCUGCGAAAGUGAGACGCGGAAAGCAGCCAAGAGAAUGCGGCUGGAGAUCUACCAGACAUCCCAGGACGAGCCAGUUGCCCUGGACAAGCAACACUCCCGGGACUCGGCCACCGUCACGCACUCGUCCUACUCACUGCCAGCCUCCUUCUCUCAAGACCCGGUCUAUAUCAACGGGAGCCUGAACUACAGUUACCGCAGCUACGGGAACCUCGGGGGCAGCCUGCAACCCGCCUCUUCGCUCCAGACAGGGAAUCACAGUAACGGCCCAACUGACCUCAGCAUGAAGAGCGGUGCCUCCAGCACCACCGCCCCAGCGAACAGCACGAACAGGGGGGUGCCAGCCGCCCAGCUCAGCCCAACUGAGAUCAGCGCGGUGCGGCAGCUGAUCGCUGGCUACCGGGAAUCCGCGGCCUUCCUCCUCCGCUCUGCAGACGAACUGGAGAACCUCAUUUUGCAGCAGAACUGACUGCUCGCCUCCCUGCGGCUCCUGUGCCAGAGGACGCUGUCCACCUCUUGUAUGAGGCUCCCUUUGAUAAUCUGCUCAGGACUGGCCAUGCCCCUGCCCGCUGACCACCACCAACCCGGCACAGGUUGUUGCUUGUCCCAGGGUGGAAUCCAAAAAGAGCCAGGUCUCUCCUCCAACCGGGGGCCUUUGGAACCCUUCUGCACCACAGCAACUCCACCGUCGAGAAGGAGCCAACCCUGCAGGGAUAUUGGACUGUUGGGGGGUGGGGGGGGAUGGAGCUACAGGCAUAUUUGGAAUUUCCUUUGUGGAGUCCAGCAAUGAUAGGAACCUUUUCAACACUCCCCACCCCCACCCCCACCCCCCAGGUUUCUUUCAAGUCUUAGGAAUUGCAUAUUUAUUGAGAAAUGGACCCUUCCCCGUUCCCUAAUCUCUCUUUCCCCUGUCCCCUCCCAUAAUUUAUUUUUCUGAGAACGAAUUCUUGAGUUUGUACAGAUUUACUAUUUGUGUGUCUGUUGGAGGAGGAGGAGGAGGCUGGAGCUCAGAAAGUCGCACAUUCCGUCCAGCCCACUGGUCCGCCCCCAGCGGGCUCAGCCAGGGCAGAUGUUGCUCUCCUGGCAGUUCAGCUGGCAGCGAAUGGAUGGCUGCCACCAAACGAAACCAACCCCAGGCCUUGGCACGCUCUUUCUUUCCUCUACCCAGCUGACACCUGCCCUGGGCUCCCUCCUGGGUCAGAGAUGAGCCCCCGUCUGGACCUCAGCUGCUUUGAGGUAGGAGGACUUGCUGUGGCCACUUUCAUGGAAAAGGAAAAGCCUCUGGGGAAGACCCCUCCAAAGGCGGGGGGGGGGCCCUGCCUGCCUUCCUCUUCCACACACUACCUCACCUUGCAUUGUGGGUUUUUUCCAGAACUGGCUCUCACUGGUGCAGCCGCAGGGGAGAGUCCAAUCCAUAACCCUCCAGGGGCUUAGCAGGUCAACCACUCCGGUUUGUUCCUUGCCGCAGACACCAGCCAUGUCUCAGUGCUCCUUGUGUGGGGCUUGCGCAAGGCAGAGCCCCAUUAUCAAUGGGAAGAACAAAGCAGAAGGCAAAAAGAAAGCAAAACCAAUCUUCAGGCCAUUCCAAUCUUGUUUCACAGAACAUUGUGAAGAAGAAACGGGCAAAGUAGUCCCCUGAGAAGCGCGCGCACGCGCACACCCUCCCCCAGGGGUGCCUGAUGUGUGGAAAGAGACUGAGCCUCUUCCUCCCCCCCUCCCACAGGAUGCUCUUGCCUCACUUGGUGCAAUACUUACCUGUGCUGCUAAAACAGGACUGAGGACAGCAGGAAGCCACGCGGAGCUCCUCCAGAGCCCAGAAGCAGAGCCAGGCGACUUCCCUGCCCUCCUCCGCCUCCCUUUCCAACUUACUGAGAAAGUCGCUGCUGAGCCACUGCCCUGGGAGGGGGGGGGCACCGGGGGCAGGAGCAAGCGCUGCCGGGGCUGCUGGCAGGCAAAGGCUCACCGUUGUCCCUUGGCUCCUGGGCCGCUUGCACAGCCUCACCCACCACCCACCCCACCCAAGAAGUAGGGAGCCACAGGGCUGGUGGCCUCAGCAGGCCCGUUUGCCAGACCUCCUCUGGCUCGAGUGCCUUUUCUUAGGAGCACUGAUGUUUUGCCACCUUAAUGCGAGGCAAGGAAGCAGCACAUUCCUAAACCUCACUGAUUUGGAGGCCAGUUUCGUGUGCUUGUGGCCACGUGCGGGGUCUCCUUCCCUGGAAGAGAGCUCUAGAUCAGGCUGUUUAAACCCUUCCUAUGCCCCCAAGAAGUUCUCAGGAACAAACUCCUGCCAAGCCUCUGACGUGUUGAUCGUUGCUGCUCUCCUCUCCCCUGCAAGAACCCGGCCCGUUGCAAGCCCACGUUUGCAGCGUUUCUCCAUUGGGAGCGACAAGCGGAGGGCUCGGUGCCAGCUGGGGGUGGGUCCGUCUUUUUUAACUAGGGGUCCUCCCCCACCCCGGCUUCCCAGUUUCUCCCCAGCAGUGCAAAACCAGUCUGUGCUGGGCCUGCUCUUCCUCCUCCCAGCUUCGAUUUUGUGUAAAUAUUUGUUGUUGUGUGCGCAACAGACCUAGUGCAAACCCUUAGCCACACACCCACACCCAACCCCCUUAGCAUUAAGCGUGGCAGAGACAAUCGCUGUCCGGAUCCCCCCAGUGUCCGACUCCUUGAGGGCUGCCUUCGGCUUACCCGAGGAUCUCCCACCCCCAGGAGCGCAUAGCCAUGAGAGAGGGGGCUGCUUACCCAGAGGCUUGGGACGGAGGCGGCGGCGGCGGCAAAGCUCUGUGGGUAGAGCCUUUUUGAGGCUCGACCAGUUUGGAACUUGGCUUCACGUGGACCAGUUGCUGCUCUUGUUGCUUAAGCCGCUGGGAAAACCUUUCGAGGCUGGCAAGCAGCUGCAGAGAGACCAGCAGGAAGCCACGCGGAGCUCCUGGCCGGCCACCAGGCUGGGUGGAGUUUGGCAGUGUCGCCUCUUCUUGCUAACUCCCUUGUUAGGUGAUGGAAGCCAUUUUUGUACCCUCUAGGCGCUCUGAUGUGCAGAGACCCUCUCUGCUGGUAGGUAGGGGCCUGCCUUUCUGCCACGGGAAGAUGGAGCCCACCAGCCUCCCGCAUUUGGAAAGGAAGGAGAGUGGCGGGUUGGCAGAUCUCCUUGGAAAAUGAGCACAGAGGAAGAAAUCUGCGCCCUGGCUUGCUCCUCCUCUCCUGCCCCCAGCAGCACCCUACGCCCAGGGGAAGGAGUUCCCGGGCCUCCGAGCAGAGCUGCCUAUCCCUUCCUCCGCCUAAGGGCCAUUUUCCUCCCUGGGGGGCUGUACCAUUUAGUACCAGUUCAUUUACAAAGAAAUGCUGCUUUGAACUCAGAGGGUUAAAUAUAAUUUUUGAUUUGUAACUUUUUGUAAAACUUUUUACAAGAUAGCCUAGCAAUUUCACCACAAUACCAACUUGCAAUCUGUCCCUGGUCUGAUUUUUAUAUCAUUUAGUGGUGCUUUUAGAACGUUUGGUUUGGUGGUGGUUUCGGAGCUGCGCGAGCCGCUCAGUUCUUCGCCUGUAUCUACCUAAGACCAAUGUGAACCUUUGUACUUUUUUGCUCCCGACUUUGGACUCAGUGAAAGUGUACUGUUUACAUGUACAGAACUCCCAGUGCCGCCACCCCUUCCCCCACCCCCACCCCCUGCCAGACCUGCUCUGGGUGAGGAAGAUGCGCCACCUCACCUCGCUCAUCUGCUUAGCACAGCCACAGACUCUUCUCCAAAUUCCUUCCUUCCAUGCGCCGCCUGGGAGGCGCUGCAAGAAAUUGUGGUUUGCACAAAAGCCACCCCACGUUUCCUUCAAGUGGCCAGGACGGGAUAACGUGAAAGCGAUCAGCCAGGACCCCCAACUCAAGCCGUACAGUGGCACUACUAUUUGGUCCCCAGUGGCCACGGCCCAAGACAGGGAAGCAGUUCUGGGGGGCGGGGGGAGACCAAGGAAGUAAGGCCACCAACCAGCUCAGCUAAGACAAGCGACGCCAGCUCAGCGCGUUCCGAGUCCCAAGAGGCCCAUAUUCUUUCCACAAGACCCUAUAGAAGAAGCAAAUGGCACUUAAAAACCAGCUUGAGAAGGCGACACUUUAUUGCUGGAAAAGGCCUUCCUGUCAGGCACCUAUGCAACUCGAUGUGGCUCUCUUAAGCAGAUGGCGCUUCCUCCUCCAUGCGCUACAGAAAUUCUUGUGUUCUAUACAGUGGAUCUUUCCCCAGUAAAUGUGGCUUAAUAUUUUAAUUCUUAGAACGUGUGUUUGUUCUAUGUGAUGCAACUUAAUUCUGUUCUGUUUGUGGAAUGAGUAGCACAGGCCAACCUCCUCGCCCCCCUUCACUUACUUAAAAGACCAACGAGCUGUUUCAACCCAGCCGCUCUUUCCAUCCAUGGUAUUACUUGCUAAAUGCACUGAUUUCAUAAGUACGUGAAAAAAUUUUUGAGUCUGUAUAUCAUAUUAUAAGACUGAAUCUACUUAAUAA